GUUUCAUCUCUUGCAUACGACCGUAAGAACAUCGCCGGUGUAGUCGCAAUUACUUUAUUGGUUUAGACGUCUAUUCACCCAAUCUUGUAUUAAAAGAUUCUGACAGAACACCAUGCUCAAGCUGAAACUGGAAGCUCUGGGUCAUCCAACUCCCAGCGAUGUGGCGCUGAGCGACCGCAAGGAAUUCGCCAGUACAAUCCUUUGGGUGGAGGAUCAGAAAAUCCGACUUUACACCAUUGAGGAUCGCGAAAAGCUGCGCAACAUAGACAAUCCCACAAUGUGGGAGGAGGGGUACCUAAAAUACUGUGCGGACCUUAACAUGCCUCCCUUGGAAACCCAACAAGAGCAGCUGGCCUGGAUUCUCAGUCACGCCGUGCGCCUCGAGUUCCUGGAUGAUCCCGCUCAGUUUAGUGCGAUUAACAGCAAACAGGGUCCACCCCAAAGUAAUGGCAAACAGACGAGCCAGAAAGUGGUGUCGAUUUUCGACGGAAAGAUUAAUGUGCAGGACAAGGCGUUCGUUGAUGGAGUACGGCUGCUGGCGAGCAAACUGAAUGUUCCGCACCAUCCAAAUCACCUUUUACAACUGGAGGCGGUCGCCCGCGUUGUCCACGAACGCCUUUCACCCGCCGCCAAAGGACGGAAGCCAAUUGCGGGUACACCCUUUCCCUUCGACAAGGGAAACGACGUGGUCUCAUCCAACGAUCCUGCCCUGGAUCUGCCCAUGCGCAUUCUGCGCCUUCUCCAGAUUCAGAGUCUUCGCCAGCUUCAGACACACAUCAACGAGACGAUUGUAGCGGUGCAAAACAUUACGGCCAAUCCUAAGACUGAUACUAAGUUGGGCAAGGUGGGCCGCUAGGGAGUUUAAACACGGAAGAAAACAAUUGUUAAUGAAAUUCUACUCAAGAACUUUGCCUUGUUACUUUGCAUUCACCAAAUCAGUAAAAAAAUCAUAAGAUCAACAAGAGUCAAAGAACAAGAGAAGAAUUAUAAGAGCUUCAAAAAAAAUAGUUUACAAUUAUAAAAAAAAAAUACAUUUAAGAUUGUCAUAAACAACGUAGUACAGGUGCAAUUUUGAAAAUUUCACGAUCGAUAUAGGCCUACACGAACAUUUGACUUUUUUUUUUAUCUUAUUCAUUAAUUAUUUAUUAACGAGAAUUAAACGCCAAUAGUCAACCAAAUGUAGGCAUAUUUAAAUAAUCCAAAAUCCAACAAACCUUAGUUCCUUUUUAGUGGUUUAAGGAGGAUUAUUAGCAAGCUCAAAUAUACAAAAUAAAUCGUCAACAAUUUGUCAGAAAAUA